GCAAUACUGGUACAUAGAGGGGAUGCUCCAUAGCAGGGGAUGCUCCACGGGAGGAAGCCCUUGAUGCCCCCAACGGAUGCUGAGCACUUUGCCAUCUCUCUCCCUCCCUGUGUCCCCCCAGAUGAGAGCAUCCUACUCGCUGUCCUGCCUCAUCCUGCUGAGCCUGGGGGCCUGCUGCCCACCCCGCGAGCACCGACACCCCGAGGAUGUGCUGGAGCCACGCUGGCGAGGAGCGGUGGCUGAGGCCGUGGGUCCCUGUGGGUGGGCAGCCCCGAUGCGGCGGCGAAGCGAGGAGCUGGGGACGCUGCUGGGCAUCGCCCGGGGCUGCGGGGGCUACGGGCAGCAGCACGGCGGGGGCCCACGGGGACGGCAGGAGGGCUCGGAGAAGCGCGGCGGUGGCGGCACGCUGGGGGACCUGGCUGAGGAACUCAAUGGCUACAGCAGGAAGAAAGGCGGCUUCGCCUUCCGUUUCGGGAGGUGAGGGCUGCGGAGUGAGCUGCAUCCCCACCAUUCCUGACGCCUCAACGUGGAGCAAAGGAAUCUGCGGGGUGGCUGCUGGGGUGCCCUGGGGAGGGGAGGC